GGAGGAGAGCUUUACGCAGUUCGAGAAUGGCAUCAACUGGCGGUCCUACGUAGUGUGUGACGUGGCCUACAACAACGUCAACAACUGGCUGUGGACGCCCUUCAUCGAGCGAGGCCCCGCUAACCGCAUGUACAUCGAGGUGCAGUUCUCCAUGCGUGACUGCUCCCUCUUCCCCGGCACCGCCCUCUCUUGCAAGGAGACGUUCUCGCUGCUGUACUACGAGUUCGACGCUGCCACCAAAGAGCCUCCCUUCUGGGAACCCGAGAGCUACAAGCUGAUCGACCGCAUCGCCGCUGACGAGGGACGCUUCACUAACUCCGCCGACAUCAUCAUCAAUGCCGAAGUCCGCUCCAUCCCCGUCACCAAGAAGGGCGUGUACUUCGCCUUCAGGGACCAAGGGGCGUGCAUCUCCCUCCUCGCCAUAAAGGUGUACUACAUUACCUGCCCGGAGAUCACCAAGGCCUUCACCCACUUCCCUACCACGCCCACCGGAGCUGAGGUGACGAGCAUCGAGCAGGCGACGGGCACGUGUGUUGCCCAUGCCCGCGAGGAGUCUCCCCCGUCCUUCCUGUGCACUGGUGACGGCCAGUGGUCACUCCUCAACGGGGGCUGCGCCUGCCUGCCCGGCUACCAGGCAGACACAGAGAAGCAGACCUGCGACGUGUGCCCGCCAGGAAAGUACAAGGACAGUGUGGGCGCCGACGAGUGCCGUGAUUGUCCGGAACACAGCGCCGCCGCCCACGCCGGAGCCUCAGAAUGCCGCUGCGACACAGGCUACUUCCGUGCCCCCAAGGACCCCCGUGGCAUGCCCUGCACACGUCCUCCCAGCAAGCCACAGAACAUCACGGUGAACUUUGUGGACCAGUCAACAGUGAUCCUGGCCUGGCAGCCGCCGCUCAACGAGGGCGGCCGUACCGACACCCUGUACCGUGUGGUGUGUGACGCUUGCGGCAGCCACGUCUCCUACUACCCGCCGCAAAUGGCAGACGAGAGGUUCAACGCCACGCAGGUCACCAUCAGCGGCCUCAACCCUGUCACCACCUACCGCUUCCAAGUGUUUGCCGAGAAUGGGGUGUCCAAGCAGGCCCCUGAGGCACAGUACCUGGACAUCACUGUCACCACUGAGGCAUCAGGUCGCUUUAUGGUGAUUGGCUACGAGGCUGAGGUGCCCUCCACAGUGAGCAACGUGCGGGUGACCAGCGUGAAAAGCACAGAGAUCUCCUUGGCGUGGGAUGCUCCUAGCGACCCUUACUCUGACAUAGAAAUGUAUGAGGUUCGGUACUAUGUGAGAGACCAACACAACAACUCAUCAAGUAUCCUCACCAAGAAGGAAGAGUCGUCCCUGGUUGCACUGAGGCAAGGGACAGAUUACGGCUUCCAGGUCAGAGCUAAGACGACACAUGGAUGGGGCAAAUACUCCCAACCCAUUUACAAGAGGACAGGGCAGCUGCUGGGAACUGCCUACGUAGGAGACGAAGAUAACACUCAAGUGCGCAUCAUUGUUGGGGCAACAGUGGGAGCCUUUGUAGUGAUUGCUGUCAUCGUCAUCAUGACUCUCCUCUUCCUCAGAAGAGGCACAGAUGAAUGCAACAAAAAGCAGCCAUCAGACUGCGACACGUUAGAAUACCGCAACGGCGAAGUGCACGGUGUUUUGGAAAACCCACCUAUAGUCCAAACCCACACCACCGGAAGUAUGACCACUCCUCUCUUCACACAAGUUGGCCACCACAGAACAUACAUUGACCCUCACACAUAUGAAGACCCAAACCAAGCCAUCAGGGAAUUUGCCCGGGAAAUUGAUGCAUCUUACAUAACCAUUGAAGCAAUUAUUGGUGGCGGGGAGUUUGGGGACGUAUGCAAGGGUAAACUUCAGCUACCCAGCCGACCAGAGAUGACAGUAGCUAUAAAGACUUUGAAGCCUGGUUCAUCUGAGAAAGCUCGUGUUGAUUUCCUGACGGAGGCCUCCAUCAUGGGCCAGUUCGAGCACCCAAAUGUCAUCUUCCUGCAGGGAGUGGUGACCAAGAGCAACCCAGUCAUGAUCAUAACAGAAUAUAUGGAGAAUGGUUCCCUUGAUCAUUUUCUUAGGGUGAAUGAUGGCAAGUUCCAGGUCCUGCAACUUGUGGGGAUGAUGCGCUGUAUUGCUUCAGGGAUGCAGUACCUCAGCGAGAUGAAUUACGUUCACAGGGACCUGGCUGCUCGUAAUGUGCUUGUGAAUGGUCAGCUUAUAUGCAAGAUUGCUGAUUUUGGUUUGUCAAGAGAGAUAGAAAGUCAUACAGAAGGAGCAUAUACCACAAGGGGGGGUAAGAUACCAGUUCGAUGGACGGCACCUGAAGCUAUCGCUUUCCGCAAGUUUACAAGUGCUUCGGACGUGUGGAGUCUUGGCAUAGUAAUGUGGGAAGUCAUGAGUUACGGAGAGAGACCAUACUGGAACUGGAGCAAUCAAGACGUCAUCAAGAGUAUUGAAAAGGGUUACCGCCUGCCAGCCCCAAUGGAGUGCCCCGAGGCAAUAUAUCAGCUGAUGUUAGACUGCUGGCAGAAGGAGCGCAACCAUCGUCCAAACUUUGCCUCCAUUGUGAGGACCCUUGACAGACUGAUCCGAACCCCUGAAGCACUCAACAAAGUGGCCCAAAACAGGUGUACAACAGCUCUGGGUCUGGACUCUGUGGACAUGACUCAGCUCACCUCAGUGGAGGACUGGCUUGCUUCCCUCAAGAUGAGUCGCUACGUGGACAACUUCCAGCGAACAGGCCUCACCGACCUGGAAGCUGUAGCCCGUCUUACCCAGCAUGACCUAACUCAGCUGGGGAUCACUUUAGUUGGCCACCAGAAAAAAAUUCUGCAAAGUAUACACACCUUGCGCACACAGCUGGCCGUCAACAUGUCUGAGGGCUUCCUAGUAUAGUGCCACUACUCUAACUAUGCCACCACUUGGUACUGAGUUGAGGUACAGUAGUCAGGUGGGCAAAUCAUUAGGUCCAGAGUGAAUGUGAUAUCCUGUGGUGAAAAAAGGUGGACCCAACGGCCAUUAUCAUUAUAUGAAAAUGUGAUAAUGAUUGAGAGAAAAGACAAGUGUGAAACAGGGUAGAAAACAUGAUUUUUAAUUACUCAUCAAAAGUGUCCAUCAAAAGACAUGCUUUGUUGUCACAUAUAGCUCAAGAAAACCCUGUACCCUAACUGCAAAGGGGGAACUAUGCUUGUGUGCAGAAAAUGACUGUUUAAAAUAUUGUAAGUGCCCCCAUGCUCUCAUUCAUGUGAUAAUGCCAUGGCCAUUGAUGUGUUGAACACAGAACUGUGGUGUGCAUGUGUGUGUGUUAUAGGGACAGAACAAAUAGCUGUAAUCAGCUUGCAAGUUUCUGUCACUGAAGGGUUCAUAAGCUUGCCUGUCACUUCCGUGCGUUGUACACUGCUCCUAAGGUAUGACCUUAGUGUAAUUGUUGAUAUUCCAUUUGCUGCCAGACCUUAUUCAGCCAAAGUCUAGUAUUGGUGUUGUCCUUUCUACCCUUUGAUGAACUCUCAGAGACUGUUUCCCAUUUAAGCUUCUGCCAGCAUUUCACUUUCUUCUGAGAGAUUAUAAGUUGCCUGUUUGUGGUGAACUACAUAGUGUGGUAAUGCACACUAAUAAGUGAAAGACGGUUUCAGUGAGCACAGACUAGUAGAGGGAGAAACCCUGUGCCCGGAAACUCAACUUCAAAAAAGCAGCUUAUUAGGGGGAUUCUUUCAGUCCUUGGGAAACCUGCAAUGACUUUGGAGAUGAUAAAAAAUGCCAAGAGAAGAGAGAAACUCCCUCCUCACGCACAUAUCAAUCUCUUAUCCCAUCAUGUGAACAUCCGGCCAUUCCCCACUCCCUUUCCUCCCUCCCUCCUGCAGGGCCCAACUGCUGUAGUUACACUGCCUUGUUGUUACCCAAGUCAGAUAUUGCAGUGCUGGUCAAUGGCUGGGUGUAACUAUGAAAUUAAAAGUGAGUCUACAGGAUUUUUACUUGUGACUUGUACAGAAAUAAAACAGUUAAAAGAAAAAAAUCAAACAAGUGGAGAAUCACCCAAGUUAAUUCAUCACUGUGUUUAGCCCUCAGCUAAGUUCAAAUUUAAUACCUUAUACACUCUCCCAUUCACUAACACAGCAAAAUUUUUGUGACUAAUUACACUGUCUGUGUCUGUCCAGUCAUCCCAUGGUGUCCUGCACUGUCCCAGUUUUGCACAGGUUUACUAAUUCUAUUGAAUUUGUUUUCAUCUUGUUUUGUAAUAUAUUGAGUGCAAUAGAAUCUCCCAACCUAAAACAAAAAAUUACUAUGCUUGAACUAAGUUAAAAAGCAUCUUGUCCUUAUUUUAUCUUACCAAAAUGAAAAUAUAAGAAGUAUUGUUAUAUUACUUCACAACAAGCAGCCCUCACUCAAAGUUUGUUUUGUGCAUAGUGAAGCAGAAUGUUUCCAUAUUGCUGUGUAUGCAACAAAUGAAAACCCAGCAGAGAAUGCCAUCCAUCAUUUUAGUCCUCACAAACAAUGGAGAUAAUCAUGGCCAGUUUUUAUACUAUACAUUAUGGGUAUUGAAACUCAAAUGUUACAUUAUUUUAUAUAUCAUUCUUACACAAUUUUAUAUUUGUAUUUUAAAUGAACCACAUGUAUAUUUGUAGCCGUGAUUGUCUCCUACUUUGUGUGAAUUAGAUACUGGCGAGAUCAGUUCCAUGUUUUGUGUGUUGGAUAUGGUCUUACAAGUAAUAGGUGGGUUUAGUCCACCCAACCUGUACUUUAUGUUCAAGAUGAAUGUGCUUUCAUUAUUGGCUCAUUUUGUACAUCUAAAUUUAUCCAUGCAGUCUUCUUUUUACAUCAUAACUAGUUUUUUUUUUUCCAUUGUCUAAAGGUAACUAAAAUUGAAACCAUUGAUUUUUUUUUUUUUUUUUUUUUUUUUUUUUAUGAAAAAAAAUAUUCCAAAAAGUGUAUUGUCAUGGUAAGACUUUUCAUUCAAGCCAACCACUUCAUCACCAGUCUGUUGCCAGAUUUAGCACCAAUGAAUAGUCUGAAGUCAGUCUAGUUUCCCAGUUUGACUGCAGAGUGAAGUAUAAAUAAUGUAUAAAGACCAGCAUCUCAGCAAAGCAAAGGACCUUGGAUGUGAUAGAAGCACUCUGAAUAAAGUUCUGUGGUCCAAUGUGGACAGUGAGACACAUUUUCCAGUCAAAUGAUAAUAAUAUUAAAGGAACAUGUAUAAAAGACUCAUUUUUUUAUAUCAAACUAAUUGAAAAAGUAAGACCUACAAGUACCAAUACCCUGAAGACUGUAUUCUUUUUUCUAGAUUCUUGACUGCCAUGUGUUCCAUGGAACAAAACAUCAAAAGAUUUCAUUGUAAGAUCAAAACUGAUUGUCUUUUCUAAAACUAAAUGUCUCAGGUGCAUCAUGCUUACCUAUUGCACAUGCACUUGUGGGGUUUAUAUAUAUAUAUAUAUAUAUAUAUAUAUAUAUAUAUAUAUAUAUAUAUAUAUAUAUAUAUAUAUAUAUAUAUAUAUAUAUAUAUAUAUAUAUACACACACACACACACACACACACACACACACACACACACACACACACACACACACACACACACAUACAAACAUACCUAUAUAGUUUACCUAGUGAAUAUAGCAGAGUAUGGUUCUGCAGUCAUGGCUGUGAAGCUCUCCCUAACUCCUGUUGCCUCCCAGUCAUUGAGAGCUGAAGAAGAAGACACCAACAGGUUCUGUUGUGUGAUUGCAGUCCAGCUUUUUAAAUGUUAUCAUGAAAACUUGUAUUGAACUGGAAAGUUUGACUGAAGAGUCUUACCAUGUGUGUCAUAAAUGUAGUAAGUGGGAGUCCUCUGGUGCCAGUCCAAUUGAAAAUAUUUAUUUUUAUUUUUUUCAUAAUUUAAUAGUAGUAUAUUUUGCAAAUUAAAAUUGGCCACAGCAAUAUAUAUACUAUAUACAUAUAUAAAUAUAUACAUAUAAAUGUUGUAGAUUGCAUUUAUGACAAACUUGGUGGCAGUUUUUAAGAGUAGUCCCUUAACAGCACUGUUAGAUUUGCAUUAUAUUUUGAUAGAAAUUUUUUAUUUUAGGGAAAUGUCAGGUACCCAGAAUCAGUAAAACCAAACACUCUGAUCAGGAGAGGUUCUAUUGUAUAAUUGUGACUACCUUUCAGCUUCAUUUAGUCAAAAUGAUGUUCAUAUGUAUCCUUUGAUGUAAGUAAUCACAGUGAAUUAUAAUUUAAAGAGAAUAUUUUUAGCUAUUUUAUGAUUUGUGAAUACCAAGUGCAUGUUUGUGUCUCCUUUGUAACGCUGUUAGCAAAACCUGUGUUUUUGGAAACGUGUGAUGACUAGAUAAUCAAAAUUUAGUAGAAUUUAUUUAGAUGUAGGAAUUUCUACAUAAAAAGCACCAAGCAAUACAACUCAUUGAGGUAAGAACUAUUUCAGUUGCUAUGUUGUUACUGAAGAGUGAUGAGUAACAAUCAAAACAUCCCUGACUGUGUAGGUAGGUAUUUUCAUACGUCACUUCAUAAUAAGGAAAGAAUCUUAGAAUGUAAGUCCCAAUGAAGGAGGAAGGAAGGAGUGAGUAUUCCUAUGGAAGUUCCGCGUGUGAUAAUUUGGAUUCUUGUAUUUUGGAAAGGGGAGGGAGAUAAUGUGGCAAAGUGGUCCAUAUCCUACGUGCCAGAGUGGGCCACUGGUCUUCACAUUCCACACCCUCUCAGUUAAGGUUUAUUGUCAGGGUGAUUGCCACUAGAAUUGUUCCUAUUAAGAUGUAAUUCAGCUUGCAUAAAGUUUUAGCCAAUCAUUUCAUGUAGUUUACAAAAAGUGGUCUUGGAUUUGCAGUUUUAAGUUGCCUGCAUCUUUCUCCAGUAUAUGUAGAUGUUUGCUUUUAGCCAUUUUGUUACAGGAACUAUUUUGUUUUGAUGAUGCCUCAGGGCGACCACUUUCACUGCCUCAUUGACAGUUCCAAUAAUCAAGCAAUCGUCCAGGGCAGCUUGGUGGGAGCAUUGGGACUUUGUGGAGGAAGGCUGCCAAACAGGAAGACAAAGUACUAUGCAUGUUAUUGAAAGGCUAUCUGUUAUUUCUAGAUUGUAAUGUAUGGAACACUGAUGAUUAUGCUAAGAUGCAAAGCUAUUUUUGUCAUGGUAUGGUGUGUUUAGUUCAAAAGUGGCUUGGUCACCAUUGGCACUUGAAUCCUUCCCCUUGGCAAGUCCAAAUGCUAUCACAGCUGUUGUUUUGCUUUGUGGCAAACUCCCUGACAGACCUCAAGAGACGUGUCUUAUUUUCUUACUGAUGUAGUCUCACAAUUACUUUGUGUGUCUUCUAUUAUCAUAACUAUCGUAAUCAGUGGCAUAUUCUCCGGCAACAUCCACUGAUGUCUGGGAAACAACAACUGAAAGGGCUGUUUAUGGUAUAUACAGCUUGACAAUUAUAUACAAUACACAUACAUACUCUUCGCAACCUUGGUGUAAACUCUUGAGAAGGCAGAUUAAAAUUUUAUAAUUAUGCUAAAGGUCUUAGAAAAAGGUUUUUGGAGUAGAAUUUCAGUCAUUCUCUUUUGUUUACCCAUCAAGAAAGUCACAAUGAAAUCCGCAAAUGCCUUGAGCACGGAGGACAGCAUAGCCUAAUUGUUUUAUAUAAUUUUAUUUAUUGAGCUGAAGCAUUGCUAGAAGAGCGUAUGUUGUGUACUAUAAUGUUGUAUAAAGUUUGUAAAAUAGUCAAGAAAUAUUUUAUAUUUUUAGUUGAUAAGGUAUGAGAUCUCCAAUUUUGAACUCUUAAUUGUUUGAAUAUGGAAUGUGAUUUGUUUUUAGUUUGCUAUCGAAAUGGAGGUGCCAGUUUAGGCACCACAGUGCAGUGAAGCAAGGGAACUUUGGGGGAUUAGAUGUAAGUGAAAUUAGGUAUUCAAUUCCAAAGUUACUUGUAACACUCAUCCCUGGCUCUGCCCCCCUUAGGUCCAAUGUAUCAAUUUUUGUAUAUAUGAUUCUACAUUUUCUUAUUCUCAUAUCUUCAUCAUUAUUGUAAUUGUAUCCUAUACUUUACCUUCCUUCUUAUAUAUGUCUGAUGAAUUUAGAUCUUGUACAAGAAAAAAAAAAUAUUGUUGAGCUUUCUUUGCUAAUACUUACUUUUUUUUUGUAUGGUCAUUAUAGUGUCUGUUUUAUUAUACUGCUAUGAUUUGAAAUUAGUUGAGAUCACAACAUUAAGUCCAAUACUAUGUCAGUUUUGCCAACCUGAGUAAAUGCAGUACAGCAGUGGUUAUAUUUUUUCCAAGCUUCUUAUAGUAACAAUUAUUCCAUUUGCAUUAGAUGAUGUCCUAUGACUCUGCUCAAGCUGACAGGUUGACAUGACUCGUAGUGACCCCAAUGCAACAGCUGUAAAUUGUAGCUUUUUCCUAGUCAUAUCAAUUAUCCCUCCCUCUUGUCACAGAUAGUUGAGGGUCAGCUACAUGUUGGUUUGAUGCCUUUUAAAAAAAUGUCAUAGCUGAUAAGCCUGUCAGAUAAUGUCAAGCUCUUGAAUUUUGUAACUCAAGUUACCAUCUUUAUUGGAAAGUACAUUGAUCCUGUGAAUGCACUAGAGGUCUUAGGAAAGGUGAUGGUCAUCCAUCCUGAACCCAUCUAUGGCAGAGAGCCAUUUAGCUGACCUACAUUAGGAACAAAAGCACAUGGGACUCCUGUACCAUAGUAGACAUUAUACUGUAAAGAUGUAUAACUCAAAGUUAUCAAUUGUAAUCCAAUGUGAUGAUAAGGUAACAGAAGCCCUGAAGCUUUUUAUUCCUGGCUACUGCGACAAGUUCUGCUGACAUAUUUGUAUUUUGUUCAUUCCUAACCUUCAAAGCAGUUGUAUGUGCAAGUUCUUUGUGUUCAAGAAACAAUAAAGUUUGACAGAAAUAUGA